AUGGACUUCUUCAUCCGACACCUUACUGAACCCACGGCGAUCGCCGAGGAACCGUCUCUUAGCCAUGUUGUGUCACGCGUCCGCGAAACCGCUGUCUGCCUCGCGGUCCUCGGCCAAGUAGACUACGGCACCCGUCUCUUGAGCAUUCUCCACUCACACGGCAUCCCGCCGUUUGACCUGCUCGAGAAUGGGCCGGAGAUCUUUACGGCGGCAUAUGCGCAAUGCCAGUCGCUGGCCAAAGGGGGUGAGGAAUACGAUGUUCCCGUGCACCCUCCGCGAUCAGAUCCGUUCACGAGGAUUGUCUUCGGCUUUGCGUGGGAACAGAUUGGGGAAUGGCCAACAUGGGCUUCUCCGGGACCCGAACCUCUCCAAGCCAAUAUCGUGGGGCUGGAGGCAUCAACCGAUGACGGGACGACGCUGGACGCCCUGGAGCUCUAUGCCCUUACACUCGUCUGCAAUAGGUUUGCCGGCGAAUGGCGCGUGGAUAUGGAGACGUUUGAACGGGCCAAAGGGCUGGCCCUGCGCCAGGACAACAGAGCGAACCCGCAUGGUCCGAUACCUGAGCGGAUGUACGACUUCUGGAUUCUCUGGGAGCGUAUGCUUGCACCUUGGCCCAUGAAUCAGAUCGUCAAGGCGACGGGGCGAGUCUUGACGCUUGACCUUGCCGUGCGACUCUUUAACCCCGCGAGGAACGCUGGUAGGGCAGGUGCUGGGAAUAGUGACAAAGACACGGAGGAGGACCAGUCUGAGGAGGAGCUCAUCGAUGAGUUCAUUAUCGACGAUGACAUCAAAGAAAGGGAAGAUAAGGAGGAUGCGAAGGACAACAAUGGCAAUGAACCAGAGGGAAAUUUUGAAGGUGACGAAUACAGUAUCGAGGCCUGGGGACGAUGGAUUGCCAAACAACACGGUGCGCAAGACCAGAUGCCGAUGCUGGGAAGCAUGCGGGCCCUCUGGGGUUACGAGUGGUUCACCGAUCCGGAAAAGAACGAACUCAUCAAAGUUUUGGACAUUGACGUGACAGAAGUCCGCAAUGCCGCCGAGAAGGGCUGCGAAAUGCUUAUCAGGAGGUUGGAACGCGGCCCGACGCGGCCAUAUGACGGAUGCACAAUCUCGGGGCUCGUUCGGGCCAUCGACGAGAACACACGCACCAACGCGAAAUAUUCCCCAGACGAUUCCCCGGAUCGAGAGAGCUUGCUUGUCCAGAACACAGCACUCGGUCAGAUCAAUCUCGACGAGGAAAAGGUCUUUAGACCCACGACGCUGCUGCGUCAUCCACCGCCUUCCUACCAAGAUAUUGUCGACCUGGAGAAGCGGCUCGAGGUAAGCGAACCGUUGCCGGAUGAUUACAAGAUUUUCCUCCGUACCACGGACGGCAUGGGGCCGAUCUGGUGGAACGAAUUCAACCUCCUUCGCCUCUUGGCGCCGAUAUCCAAAGUUGCCAUUGGGGAUGAAGACUUCCUGUCGAGCAUGGACCUUGAACUGAUACCGAGAUGGGGUCUGUACAAGUCCUGUUCCAUCGAAUGGCCGCGUCUCCACCGGGGUAUCCUCAUUAGCGGGGGUGGGUACGAAGGCCAUAUCUACCUUGUCGAGCCCAAAUACGUCGUCACAGCCAAGGCUGCGUUCUUCAAGGUCUACGACUCGGCAACAGAUCACGAAAGACGCUUGCUUCUCCGGGAAGUUGAGGAGGUCUACGGAAGCCUAGAGACGUUCCGGGAGCUGAGGUGGGGCGUGUGUCUCAACACGCAGUGGACUGCAGAGAUGGUCCCUUACCGGAGCUUUAGGGCUCUCUUGGAGGACCUUGCGGCAGGUAGUCGGAGAACGCCCAAAGAUUGGUCGCUCAGCUUCGAUCCCAGCCUGAGGAAGCUGCUUGGCAUCUAUUACCGGCCUCAGUCGGAGUGGGAUGACAGUGAAGAAGGAAGGCUUGUAAAGCAGGGAAAGGGAAACCUUCGAUACAAUGGGAAUUGGACUUUCUCGAUGGGCGAACUAAAGAAUACCGAUCUCGAGUUCAACAUGCCAAUGGUUGAUCACUAA